GGUCCUGGGGUAUGUAAUAUGUCGCCGGAGGGAAGGGGGCCUGAGUGAAGACGAGAGAUGGAGAUGGGAACUGUAGUUGGCCCAUGGUUUAGGUGCGAGACAAUGUGGUGCCAUGUGGUGAAGGGUUGUCGGGUUGAGUACUCUCUUUUCCCUUGUUGCUGAGUUCUGUUUUGGUUUGGUGUGGUGUGUGCCAUGAGGUGGGAUUUGAUGGAAUCCUUAGCCAUUGCUGUGUCAGCGCUAUAAGAGCACAGUGGUGCACUGCCGUUGCUUUGACCAUCUUUCGACGUAUGUGCGUUUCGUCCUGUCGAGAGGCGUUUCGAGAGUGAGCUAUAAUUGGAUGUCAUGAGGAGAGUUGCGGUACCUUCCGUUGUUAUACCGGGCAAUUGAGGCACUGUGUCGUGUCCAGCAAGGUCUGCAUUCGUGACAAGGCUGGCUGAUACGAUUCCUCUCGCUACAUCAUCGAAUCAUCGAUGGAAGAUGUUGCCAGCUGGAGAGCAGGCUGGCGAGAAUAUGUGUGGGGUGGAUUUGCAGGCGCUUUUGGGGAGACGUUGAUGCACCCGGUUGACACUCUUAAGACCAGAAUUCAAAGCGGGGGUCAGUUCAUAGUCGCUCAUCAAGGUCACAACGAGGUUGGACAAGCGCUCAGAUUUAUAUGGAGUGUUGAUGGUGUGAGAGGCUUCUACCGAGGAGUGGUGCCAAGCUUCAUCGGUUCUCUGGUCACAGGAGCGACCUAUUUUGGAUUCAUAGAAACUACAAAAGACUGGCUCGAGUACAGCAAACCAUCUUUAACUGGUCCAUGGGCCCACUUUUUGGCUGGUGCUAUCGGCGAGGGAUUGGGUUCAGUGGUGUAUGUUCCUUGUGAAGUCAUCAAGCAGAGAAUGCAGCUCCAAGGAAGUUGUCAAUCUUGGAGCGCCACUAUGGCUAAGAUCAAUAAAUCUUCAAGUUCGGGUCUGGCGAGUUAUAUGUACUACACAGGAGUGUAUCAAGCCGGGAGGAGUAUUCUGCUAAAAGAGGGAUUCGCUGGUCUCUAUUCAGGAUAUUUCUCGACUCUCGCAAGAGAUGUUCCUUUUGCUGGUUUGCAGAUUAUGUUCUAUGAAGGGUUUAGGGAGGCUUUGGAGUACAGUCAUGAAAAGAAAUUUCUGACUGAAAUCAACAUUACUGCUCGCAAGUUCAGCUCAUUGGAGGAGCUAGUCAUGGGGGGCAUAGCCGGAGGCGUCAGUGCUUUUUUAACCACCCCUUUGGAUGUAAUCAAAACUCGACUUCAGGUGCAAGGUUCAACUCAUCGGUACAAGGGCUGGACAGAUGCUGCUAAGACAAUAUGGAAGGAGGAGAACAUCCAUGGGUUUUUCCGAGGAGUUGUUCCAAGAGUGGUGUGGUUUGUGCCUGCAUCAGCCGUCACGUUUAUGAGUUUUGAAUGGUUCCGAAAGCAAUAUCAUGAAAAAAUAAAUGACUCAGUGCACGAAUGCGGUGCUGGCCUAGGUGUACUUACGAAGGGAAGUGUCUCGUCCUCGCCUUUUUUACCACGUCCUUUAUCCUCUCAUGAAUCCAGACAAGAUCAAUCUUCAGCAGGGAAUGCUUAAUCUAUUGAGUAUCCAUACCGCCUAUUUUCCCUUUGGAACAACUUAAUCAGAUUUUUCAAAUGCAGUUCAUCUACUUUCAGCUGAUCUCUGAGUUCAAGUAGUUCUCAUGAAUGUGCAUCCGUGAGUGUCGACGAUAUUUCAGAACAUAGAGAACAGUAGAUCGUCGACAGUUUGUCAGUCGUCGAUGUAAAUCUUCAAACUUCGUCAGGAUGCCAAUCGUUGAGUUCUGAAGUGCGGCACAUCAUGUGUGUUCUUCUCAUCUUGAAAAUAAUAGGAGUAAAGUGGAAGCUGUCAACUCUAUGCUAGAAGGACCGUACUCACCUCCUUAUGGAUACACCUUUUAACCAAUGAAAGUAACACCUGCCAAAUGCUGAAGAAGAUUUCAAUGGACCUUUUUGGAU